AUGGGCUCGGAAAUGGUCGCUGGCCCAGCUGCCGGCGACGAGGAGGCGUGCAUGUACGCGAUGCAACUUGCCGGUGCAUCUAUCCUACCGAUGACGCUCAAGGGCGCCAUAGAGCUGGGCAUGCUUGAGGUCCUGGUGAGCGCAGGCGGGGAGAUGUUGUCGCCUUCGGAGGUGAUUGCGCGGCUGCCAUCCAAGGCAGCCAAUCCGGACGCGCCGGCCAUGGUGGACCGCAUGCUGCGGCUGCUGGCAUCGUACAACGUAGUGUUGUGUGAGGUCGACGAAGGUGAGGACGGCCUCUUUGCCCGCCGGUACGGCCCGGCGCCAGUGUGCAAGUGGCUCACCCCUAACGAGGACGGUGUCUCCAUUGCCGCGCUAGUCCUGAUGAUCCAGGACAAGGUCAAUAUGGAGGGCUGGUAUCAUUUGAAGGACGCAGUCCUUGAUGGUGGCCUCCCGUUCCAAAGAGCAUACGGGAUGACGUUGUUCGAGUACAACAGCACGAACAUCCACGUUAACCGCAUGUUCAAUGAGGCCAUGAAGAACCAUUCAACCAUCAUCACCAAGAAGCUCCUUGAGUUCUACAGGGGCUUUGACAGUGUGGGCACCCUUGUUGAUGUCGCCGGUGGUGUGGGUGCAACAAUCCACACCAUCAUCUCCAAGUACCCGCAUAUCAAGGGGGUCAACUUCGACUUGCCCCAUGUUAUCUCUGAUGCGCCGUCCUUCUCUGGCGUGGAGCAUGUCGGGGGUGACAUGUUCGAGAAGGUGCCCUCCGGCGAUGCCAUCCUCCUAAAGUGGAUCCUUCAUGACUGGACCGACAAGCAUUGCACGACUCUACUAAGGAACUGCUUUGACGCACUCCCUGCUCACGGCAAGGUCAUCAUCGUGGAAGGCAUCCUGCCGGUGAAACCCGACUCUACAUCCAGGGGGCAGCUGAUGUUCCUUGAUGACAUGAUCAUGCUCAUGCACACCCCAGGUGGCAAGGAGAGGCAACAGAGGGAGUUCGAUGAGCUUGCAAGGGGUGUAGGGUUUAACAGUGUCAAGACCACUCACAUCUACGGCAAUGCGUGGGUCAUUGAAUUCAUGAAAUAG